AUGAUGAACGCUGAGGAUGCUGAGAAUUUGUAUCUCAAAUCUCAGAACCCUGCAUUUCGUUCCAUACUAUCCAUCCUUGUUAUGGGGUUACGUGUUGCUGCAUCGUCAAUGGAUGAUCAUAACAUCAAUUUCAUUUUCACUGGUUUCACCCCAAAUAUGCCUGACAUAGUGUAUGAAGCCGAUGCAUACGCAUCCAACAACGCAGUCCAACUCACCCUUAACCAACUGAAACAGAAUCUACGGGGUGGUGAUGGGUUUGCGUUUUUCAUUGCUCCCAAUGGCUCAAAAAUCCCACCUAAUUCCGGAGGUGGUCACUUGGGACUUCAAAGUUACGGCAUCGUCAACUCUCCAUUUGUUGCAGUGGAGUUUGAUACGUUUGACAAUCCUUGGGAUCCUUUCGGGUUGUCAGCUCACGUCGGCAUUGGUCUCAACUCCAUCGAGACUUCUCUUACCGCUGUCAAAUGGUGGUGGAAUGAGAUUGCAAAUGGGGGACUAGUUAAUGCUUUCAUCACUUACAACUCUAGUACAAACAACCUGAGUGUUCUUUUACUUGAUGCUGAUGGUUUUACUCGUCAAAAUUUAUCUAGGCUUUCUGCAACUCUGGAUCUUAGCAUAUAUUUACCAGAAUGGGUCACAUUUGGCUUCUCAGGAACCACUGGAAGAAAGCUACUUGUGGUGGAGCACAGAUUGGCCAUGUGCCAUGGCGCCAAUGACCUUUUUCUUGGUUUGAUAAUGUGCAAAGAUUCUGCAUAG